CGAAGGCACGCUUGCGCCAUGCAGGUGUGCUUUGCAGGUCGUUGCUGCCAGCGCAUACAACGUGAAGAACCGUAGCUAUAGCAAGGCACGACGCCUGGUGAGAGCCAUGCUAACCGAAAUUGUGCUCGUGGUGUCGGCACUGCCACUGCUGGGCGUGGCCAUCGACCAGUCCGAGUUGGAGGUCACCAGAUUGCCGGGACUCCGUGAACGCAUAAACUUCAGGCACUACUCGGGUUUUCUGAACGCCGCCGAAGGUCGACAGCUUCACUAUUGGUUCAUGGAAAGCCAGCGGUCUCCGUCUGACGACCCCGUGUUGCUGUGGAUGAAUGGAGGACCAGGAUGUAGCUCGCUCAUUGGUGCUACCAUGGAGCUGGGCCCGUUCCGCAUUGACCCUCUGGGCGUGAAGCUAACCAUAAACCCAUUCAGCUGGAACAAGAUUGCAAACGUGAUAUUCCUCGAGGCGCCGGCUGGUACCGGUUACUCGUACGACCCCACCGGAAGCAUCAGUACUGACGACAACAAGGCCACCGAAGACAACUACCAGGCCAUACAGGAUUUCUUCUCCAAGUUUCCGCAGUUCAGGAAAAAUGAGUUUUACGUGACGGGUGAAAGCUUCGCCGGCGUCUUCGUUCCUCUCCUGACACAACGCCUUCUCCUCUCGAAUCCACUUGGAAUAAACUUGAAGGGUUACGCCAUCGGAAACGGAUUGUUGGAUUUCGAGCUCUACGGCAAGGCGAUCCUCUUUUUCGCCUACUACCACGGCCUUUUCGGAGACGACCUCUGGAACGAGGUGACGUCAAAUUGCUGCAAUGGCACCGUCUCGAAGGAGACAUGCGACUUCGGCUCGAAUACCGAUGAUCCUGCCUGCGCUGAUCCGGUGAACGUCGGGUACGGCAUCGUUCUCGGUAGUGGCUUGAACGUGUACAACCUGUACGAGCCAUGCGACACCACCAAACAACCACGGGAGCUUCUCUCGAGGCGUUACCCGGAGAUGAGUCAGUACGCACAGCAGCAGCUGCUGAUCAAGAUGCGUAGAGUGCGAAGCACGGACCUGUUCGAGACCCCGAAUUGCCAGAACAUGGAAAACUUGCAGCUGUACUUCAAUAGACGUGACGUCAUCAAAGCAUUGCACGUUGAACAGUCUCCCCAUAUGUGGCUGCCGUGCAGUAAGACCCUAAACUACACCCAGCAGUACCUGACUAUGCGUGAAGUGGUGCAACAACUAGCCGAUUCUGGGCGUCUCAGAGGCCUCGUUUAUCACGGCGACGUGGACAUGGCGUGCCCGUUUCUUGGGGGCGACUGGUUCGUGCGCAGCUUGGGAUACGAGUCCACAUCUGAAUACAAGAUGUGGCACGCUGGAUCCAUUAUCGCUGGCUUCGUGCAGACCUUCGCCAAGGACAUAACUUUCGUCACCGUGAAGGGUGCCGGCCACAUGGCUCCCAUGGACAAGCCUGAAGAAUCUCUGCAGAUGAUAUCCAACUUUCUUUCAAGGAGCCCGUUUGAAUAAAGAAAAACACACUUUCAGUGGAAAAGAUCAAAAAAGAAGAAGCGGAAUAAAAAACAAUUCACUGACGAUCACC